AUGGGGAUGAAGAAUAGGUCCAAGCGCAACGUAGUCGAGUCAAAUAAUGACUGCAAGCGCCCGAAAUUGAAAAACGAUUUGACUAUAGAAACUCUCCUUGCAAAGAAAAAUCUCACCGCGGAUGAAUUCUCUGUAGCAGUUGACCUUGUUUGUAAUGAUCCAAGUAAUCGUUUGAAAUUAAUAGGCAAACAAUUGGGUUACUACUUCUGUAACGACAACUUGGCCAGGGACGUUUUUUAUUCAAACAAAUUCAAGGAGGAUUCCAUCAAAUAUGAUAAGCAAAAUGUCAUGGAACUGAAAUAUGUACAAAGUGCCAAAAGGAUGUUACUGCUUGACGCCAGUAUUGAAGAUAUACAAAAGGCAUUAGAAGUUUGUAACAAUUCUGAAUUAAAAUUGGUGCAAAUUGGCGAUGUCAUGUGUAUACAGCGCUUAGAACCCAUACCUCCAUUGAUUAGAAAUCUAUUCAAUAAGAAUAAAUGGGGAAAAUUUGGCGAAACCCUUGAAACUAUUCAUGCAGCAGGAUGCCUGGUGAAGAUAAGUGAUAUACCUCCAUCAUUCGAUGGGUGGCAAAGUGUCAAAGAUGAGUUGGCACGUUUGUUAUCGGCAAAAAUAUGUUAUAUCUCUCCAAUAAUAGCUGAAAGAAGCUGCUUUGCUUGGAUUGGCCACUUUAAUAAUGAUAUCCAAAUGAUCAAGAAUCUAAACAACGUCCCGUUUAAUAUAUCACUAAUAGAAACAAUGGACUUGUAUGGUGAAAUGUUGAAGAGUAUGAAACCAAAAGCCUUGCAAACACGAGCAAAAGAAAUGCAAAGGAUUCACCAUGCUGCAAUUUCUCGUCCUUUUCAACUGGACAAUUUAACAUUCAGAAACUUCGCACAUUUGAAACGGUUAUUGAAGGAUUUAUUGGAUAAAACACCACGCGGGACGGACAUACCAUCAAGUUCAGUGGCAGAACAGGUGCUAAAGUCCACACUAAAUUACCAUCCUAAGGUAACCGAGAAGUUGGGAAAUAAUGAGGGUUGGAAAAUUAAGUGUUUUAAAGUAGACAUGAGUGUCAAGGGAGAUGAAUCCACAAAGUGUUUUUUUAUAACAUUGUAUAGAAAUAAUGAGGUUAAAUUUGAGGAUUUCAGUAUAACAAAAUGCUUAGCGUCCCUAAGGAAUGUGAUACACAACUUGCCCAAGGCAACCUCCACCGACGUAGUUGAUACCCUAAUCGCUUAA